UUCCCUGGGGAGCGCGGAGGAGGAGCCGCUCCCCAACUUCGUGGCCCACGAAGGGGUGGGGGUCAGGGGCGGUCUCCCUCGCCCUGUCCGUCUCUGUCCCUGACGGCGGAGCCCGCUUCCAGGGCAGCCAUUGCCAUGGAGACCCCCGAAGCUAUAAAGCCAGGUAUCUAGGCGUCGGGCACCUCACGAGCCGCUGAGCCCCCCCAAGUAAAAAAGCAAGCGUCCCGGCCCCCGCAAGAGGGGAGGAGGCGGGGAAGAGGCUUCGAGAGCUGGAGGAGCGGCGCUCCCCGCCGAGGCAGGAGGCAAGCGCGCCAGGCGGGAGCCACCCGCUCAGCAGGGGAGCCGGGGCUGCCCGGGGUGCCGGUGAGUGGCGCUGCUCCAAGCCACGAGGGACCGGAGGGGCGUCGGACACGGGGGAAACGGCCCAAGAGUUGAGGAGGUCGAGCUUGAGCGGGAGCCGGGAGUAGCAGGCAGCCCACACCUCCAGGCGGGAGGCCCAGGGAGGAGCGCAAGAAGAACCCCGGAGCAGCAGGGAGACCUGAGCGGGAACCGCAGGACCCUCGGCUGCUGCCACCUACGCGCGGAAAGAGCGGUACCGGUGUCCGGGCCGGGGCCGUAGCCCCUUGGGGGUGAGGGAACAGGGGCGCCCCCGUGCGGAGCUGUCGGACUUCCCGAGCACGGUCGCCGGAGCCAUGCUCAAGCCCAAGGACCUAUGCCCCCGGGCGGGUACGCGCACCUUCCUUGAGGCCAUGCAGGCGGGCAAAGUCCACUUGGCCCGUUUCGUGCUGGACGCGCUGGACCGCAGCAUCAUCGACUGCCGCGCAGAGCAGGGCCGUACGCCGCUCAUGGUGGCCGUGGGGCUGCCGGACCCCGCCAUGCGCUCGCGCUUCGUGCGACUGCUGCUGGAGCAGGGUGCGGCCGUGAACUUGCGGGACGAGCGCGGCCGCACUGCACUCAGCCUGGCCUGCGAGCGAGGCCACCUGGAUGCCGUGCAGCUGCUGGUGCAGUUCAGCGGCGACCCGGAGGCAGCGGACUCGGCCGGCAACAGCCCGGUGAUGUGGGCGGCGGCGUGCGGCCACGGGGCGGUGCUGGAGUUCCUGGUGCGCUCUUUCCGCCGCCUGGGCUUGCGCCUGGACCGCACCAACCGCGCGGGCCUCACGGCGCUGCAGCUGGCCGCCUCCCGCGGUCACGGGACCUGUGUGCAGGCCCUCACCGGGCCUUGGGGUCGGGCAGCCGCCGCGGCCGCGGCCCGGGGCUCCAAUUCCGACAGUCCCCCUGGACGCCCUGCCCCGGCGCCCAGCCCCGAGCGUCGACGACCCAGCCCCCGUCGUCUACCGCGGCCCCUUUUGGCACGGUUUGCGCGAGCUGCCGGCGGCCACGGCCAUGGUCACGGCCACGGCCACGGCCACGGAGGUGAGCUUGCCUCUGCUGGCAAGGGCUCGGGCCGGCACAGGGCGCCAGGCAGCGAGAGGCCAGAGCUGGGCCGGAGCAUGAGCCUAGCGCUGGGUACCAUGACGGAGGAGGAGACAGCACGCCUUAGGGCAGGCGCUCUGAUGGCCCGAUCAAACUCACCCCAGUCUUCGGGGAGUGGGCGGUGGCGCUCCCAGGAGGUGCUGCAGGGAGUGCCCCCAACCCUAGUGCAAGCCCCUAUCGGCCUUAGUCCUCAUCCCGAGGGUGGUCCAGGCUCUGGCCGCCUGGGUUUGCGGCGACGUUCCACAGCCCCAGACAUCCCCAGCCUGGUCGGGGAGGCUUCAGGGCCAGAGAGUGGCCCGGAAUUAGAGACCAACGCUCUGCCGUGCUCAGUGCCUGAGCCAAAGCCUUGGCAGGCGGGCACAGAGGCUGUGGUAUUGCAGGCCCAGCGGUAAGGGGCAUGAAGGUCGAGCCCUGCAAAGUCCGCCCUCUUGUCUCUGGUCACUGAGAUGUCCCUUUCCUCCAAGUCCUUCCCUUUCUCUGCGAUUUGCGCCCUCCCCCCGACACACACACACACUUUGUCCCUUACUGCUAAAGGAAGACCUCCACCAGUCCUCCACCAGAUUGGAGAAAGAGAUCUCAUCUUUUUGUGCUCUUUGGUAUUUCCUGUGUAUUACCUUUGGUAUUUCCUUUGGUAUUACCCUCACCUUUCUACAGCCCGACUCUCUUGUUCUGGGGGGGGAAAAAAAAGAGGCGCGAAAGACUUAUGUGGGCUUCAGCUUUCUAGCCAGAAAAGUGGACCCUGAGGCCCAGCCGCCUAGCUUCUGCUUCGGUUCCUGUAAGACUCCCAGCUUAUUUCUAACUUUCCCAUCAGCUUGGCAGCCCGGCACCAGUAGAGCUGGCUUUGGAGAACAAAGGCCCAGCCUGCCGCCUGCUGAUGCUGAUAACUACCCGUUCCCCUCCCAGUAAGCGUUGGAGAAAGGGAGGCUUGAAACGGCCCCAUUCGCUUUUUGGGCCAGAGGGCUGAUUAUGAAGGAAUCCAUUGGUUAAGGUUUUCCGAGGUAGAAACUCCUUCUUCGAGACGAUGAGGCUAUUUUGGGGACUUUGUACCGUGUUGUUGUUCACCAGUUGUCGCUUCUGGAGAAUGAGCUUCCUCUGACUGUCUCAGUCAGACCCAGGAUUCAACAUCAUUGAUAUUAUAGGGUCACUGUUCCCCCGAGCCCCUAUUGACUCUUGGCUCCUGGGCCAGCUUGACCCGCAGCAUGAUUGAUUGCAUUCGAAUUUCAUCUGUGAGGUUCAAUCCCUCACUCAUCCUGGCCCAGCUUUACUUACAUUUCCACUUAGUCCCAGAGGCCUGAAAUGGAAAGGACUUAGCGUCCCACCUCCUCCUCCUCCUCCCAGCUCCCCCAUUCUGCACGUGGGUGCUCCAGGAGGGUAGAACAGUUAGGAAGGAUUUGCUUAAUUGUAUUUCUUCCACCCCUCAAAAGAACUCGUGUUUUGAGCCUUUGUGUAUGAAGCAGAAAGCAGCAGGUCUGAUCCGAGGCUUAAGAACCUGACAAUGUCUCUUUAAAUAGCACCUCCGCGAGGGGGAUAAUUGACUGGAGUGUUUGCAACGUUAACCGGCGGCGCGCGGGAGUCGGGAGCCCACACGAACCGCAGGUCCGGAUCUAAAUUACAUCAAACUCCGGAGAGAGCAUUGGAGGGGGCUGCUAAACGUCUCCUGCUUCUUGCUGGGCUGUUAAUGGAGGGCAGGGCAGAUGAUGGAUGCUAGAGCGAGACCCAGGACCCCUGCCUGUGCCCCACCGCGUGGGAUGCAGUCCCAGCCCAGCUUUCAGCUUUUAUUACUGGGCAGAUUAGUGAGUCAGAAGCAACCGCAGAGAGGUAGUUCGGCCCCCUCCCCGACACGUCUUUUGUCCUCUCUCUCUCUUUCCCCGCCCCUGCCCUCCAACUCUGUACCGCCUCGACAGGCGACAGGCGACAAGCUGCGAAGAAAGGGGCUUGGCAGGUCGCAUGCUCUACGACCCAGUGUCAGCGUUCGCUCCUGGUGGGAGAUCUAUACCAGCGGGGUGUGGUGAAAACUCCUGCUUCAAGGCAGUGCAUGUUUUCUGGCCGUACCUCGGGUUGCUGUUUGUGAACCCCGAAGAGUGAGCACGUGGCUCCUCACCUGCCCGCGAUAAGGUCUUUUUAAGAAGUUGAUCUGCUGUCUUUGUGGGAGGGUGUCUCACCAGUAGCUCCGAGGGAAAUGCCCAGAGAGAGAAUGCUGGUGCUGAGAAACUGGGCCUGCGGCUGCUGCGGAGUAGGAAGUCAGCUUUUGCAGAGCCCCCGACACCUCCCCAGCUCCUUGGCUGGCUAGGCUCCGAGGCCGCGCGCCAGCCCGGUGAUCCUUGCUGCCCCCUGGUGGCAACCUCUGCGCUCUCCUCGCUGCGCCCAGGGAACUCAGACUCGGCUUUUAUGGGAGAUCAUCGAUGUGUAACUUCUCCCGCUGUGUGCAUUUUACCCAUGCAUGUUCCUCUGGCAGAAUAUUACAUCCGGAUACUUGAAGUCGCUUCACUUCAGUGAAGUGAGGAACAGUGUACAAGAAGUCAGCGUUGGGGGUAAACAGUGCCCCGAACCCCUUUACCAAGAACCCCAAGCCGUUUUCCAAGCCAAGGCCACUGUUGAGAGAGUUCCUGCUCUCUUUAGAGAUGCCAACCCCUAUGGUUUCUGAGCCUUGACCUGACCACGUGCGUUGUUUUCUCACGGCAGCUGCUUUCCAUUCUGUGUGAUAGAUCUGCCACCCCACUCCAACACACACACACACACACACACACACACACACACACACACACACACACGCCCCUGCCUCUCCUCAGUCCCCUGAGAUAAACAAUACCACAGUGUCUGAAAAGCCAGAGGAGGUCAGGGCAGGGACACUCCAAGUGAAUACAGCUUUUUCUCUGACCCUUCCUUGCUCACAUUCCAUUUUCAACUGUGUUUAAUUUUAAUGACAUUCUUAAUGGUGUAAGAAUACAAAUAUUUUGGCUUCAAGCACCAUGAAGUUUGGCUCACACGUUGUGUGUCAGGGGUGCUGUCCUCUUUUCGGUUCUGGUGUGGUAUUCUGGGGGAACGUCACCCUGGUGCAUCUCUGUCUGUGGUCCGUGGAGUGGCUGGAAGCCUGGUGGUGGUGGCAAGUGAUGUUUUUGGAACACCAUAGCAAAUCUUUCCGGUCUGAACUGAGCUGGGGGGCCUUGCUGUCCGCACAGACUCCUUAGCAGGCUCCGUGGAGAACCCCGGUACACUUCACUCUCCCCAAACUUUCUCUGUCCGCUCUCGGUACACUGAGGCUGUGGUCCCUCCCCCCUUGUUCCCUCCUGCUGUAGAAAAGAUUUUGCUGUGUAUUUUGCUUUUCAUAUGAUUGUUCUCAUCGUGAAGAGUCACCCGGGCCCCUGGCGCCCAGUUCUGAUUUGUGUGGAAGGCAGAAGGGCAUUGGCACAUGCCUUUGGAAUGAGCCGUGAAAAGGACAAGAGAGAGGAAGAGCAGCUAAUAAACCCAGUGUUCCAUCUGGAGAA